AUGCCCGUCUCCAAUGGCGACGCGCCUUCGCGCCCCUCGUCGAAAGCCCGCGUCCCGGCUACCCUGGCCCAGUCCAAUGCAGUGAUUCACACCGAGAUCCGUCGUGCCCAGGGCGACCGUCGCAAUUUUUUACUCGCGCAGGCACCCAUGUUCAAACAUUUCAUCGGUGAAGACGACGACUCCGAUACUGCCGCAAAGCCUUCUGCCAAGCAGCCGGAGAAGCGUUUGGGUGUCAAGUCGAAGAAGAGGCGCAUGACUGAGAAGGAGGAGGAUAGGCUCAUGAUGGAGAGCGCAGCGAAGAGCGAUAUGUCUGACCCGCUUGUGCAAACAACACGCCUCAAGAAACAGCCGUCAAAUGUGACGGGUACUAUGAGGCCAUAUCAGAUUGAGGGGCUCAACUUCUUAAUUGGAUUGUUUGAGCGUGGCCUCAAUGGCAUUCUUGCGGAUGAGAUGGGGCUCGGUAAGACCUUACAGACUAUCUCUCUGCUGGGUUUUCUCAGGCAGUACAAGGGACUCACUGGACCUCACCUUAUCAUUGUUCCGAAAAGCACGCUCGGGAACUGGAUGAAUGAAAUUAAGAGAUGGUGUCCGGAUAUUCGCGCCGUCCGGUUUCAUGGCACUCAGGAGGAGCGCAAGCAUCAAAUGUCGAACCUCAUUGUGUACGGCAAGUUUGAUGCAGUUGUUACAUCGUAUGAAGUCGUAACAAAGGAAAAGGCUCACCUUACCAAGUUUUGCUGGCGCUACCUCAUCAUUGAUGAGGCCCAUCGCAUCAAGAACGAAAAUUCACUCCUUUCCCAGGUUGUCCGUAUGUUUACAACACAAGCACGCUUGCUCAUCACCGGAACUCCAUUGCAAAACAACCUUCAUGAGCUCUGGGCCCUGCUCAACUUCCUCUUGCCUGAUGUCUUUUCGAGCUCGGACGUUUUUGAGAAAUGGUUUUCGAGUGUUGAAGCUGUAGAAGGCGACAACACGACAAACGAUACAGAAAAGCAACAGGAGAUUAUCGGUCAGUUGCAUGCUGUCUUGCGUCCGUUCCUUAUCCGUCGUUUGAAGAGCGAAGUUGAGCACAGUCUGCCCCCGAAAAAAGAGACCGUGCUGUUCACAAAACUCUCCGCAAUGCAGCUUGAGCUAUACAGAAACCUUCUCAAGAAGGAUAUUGAUGCCAUCAAUGGGAAGGGUGGAGACCGCGUGCGCUUGCUCAAUAUUCUUAUGCAGUUGCGCAAGUGCGCAAAUCAUCCGUAUCUCUUCGAUGGCGUUGAAGAUCGUUCGCUAGAUGCUUUUGGUGACCAUCUCAUUCAAAACUGCGCGAAGAUGACCUUGCUGGACAAACUCUUGCCUCGUCUGAAGGAGGGCGGACAUCGGGUCCUCAUAUUUUCGCAAAUGACACGCGUUCUUGACAUUCUCGAAGACUACUGCACGAUGCGGCAAUUCAAAUUUUGCAGGAUCGAUGGGAGUACCGACGGUGAGUGGCGUGACGAGCAGAUUGCCGACUACAAUCGUGAUGGUUCCGAAAAAUUCAUCUUCUUAUUGUCGACGAGAGCUGGUGGCCUCGGUAUCAAUCUUGCGACCGCAGAUACCGUUGUUCUGUACGACAGUGAUUGGAACGCCCAGUGUGAUUUGCAAGCCAUGGAUCGCGCUCAUAGAAUUGGUCAGCGUAGACCCGUGAAUGUCUACCGCCUGAUUACAGAGAACUCAGUCGAAGAACGCAUUCUGCGCACUGCUAUGUCCAAGCUACGCCUAGACACUCUUGUGAUUCAACAAGGUCGACUAACACAACAGAAGAAAAACCUCCAAAAGGACGAGCUUCUCAACAUGAUCCGGUUUGGCGCGGAUAAAUUUUUCAAGUCUAAUGCAUCAGACUACGCUGAGGAAGAUAUUGAAGUGAUCCUCUCUCGCGGUGCAGAAAAGACAAAGGAGAUGAAUGAAGAGCUAGGAGAGAAGAUCACAACAUCGGGCAAUCUCGAUAUGCUCGACUUCAAGCUCUCCGGCGACGAUGCUAACAAGGACAAGUCUAUCUUUCAUUUUGAAGGUGUUAACUAUAAGGAGAAGGCCGCCGGCGGAAACGAGUUCUUUUUGGACGUUGGUAAGCGAGUUCGGUCUAAGAAUUAUGACGAAGCCGCCUACUACAGGGACGCUAUGCGACAGACGCCAGCGCCUCAAGUUGAAAAGAAGAAACCUCGACUGAAAUAUCGCAAAGAGCCAUCAUUGCCAGACCACAUGCUGUAUAAUACUCCAAGAUUGCGAGAGCUCUUCCAAGUUGAGAGGGAAAUCGUGGAUAAGUUCAAUGCCGAAGCCGACGCCGUAGUUAAGGAAGGCAAGGAACAACCAGAGCUCCCAAAAUUAGAAAGUUUGCUAUCUGAAGAGCACGAAAAUGAGCGUGAAACGCUUCUCGAUGAGGGUUACAGCGAGUGGACAAAGAGAGAGUUUUCUAGUUUCUUGCGUGGAAUAGAGCGUUACGGGCGUGAAAAUUUUGACAAGAUUCUCGAUGAUAUAGGCGAUUCAAAGACUAUGGAGCAGCUGGUAGAAUAUUCAGCAGCCUUUUGGGAAAAGGGCCCGACUCGUAUUGACACAUGGCCAAAGGUUCUGAAGGUUAUUGAAGAUGGAGAACAAAAGAUUGCUCGUCGAGAGGAGAUGGAAAGGGCAAUUCAAGUCAAGGUUAAACGAUACGACGACCCAUGGAAGGAGCUUGAUAUGGUCUAUUCCAACAAUCGUUCCAAGACUUUCAUAGACGAGGAGGACCGGUGGUUAAUAUGUAUGACCAGCCAGCUCGGCUAUGGAAGAUGGGAUGAUAUCAAGCUGGAGGUGCGGAAGGCAUGGCAGUUCCGUUUCAAUUGGUGGCUCAAGAGUAGAACACCAAACGAAUUGAAACGUAGAGUGGACGUCUUAAUUAGACUCAUCGAGAAGGAGAAUGAAGAGAUCGCCGAACAGCAAAAACUGAUGGAAAAGCGCAAGAAAAAUGCGUCCAGACGCAGGGAUUCUGUGUCAAAUGGCAGAUUAAAUGGUCCAUCAUUUCCCCAGAAGAAGAGAAAGACCGAGCAAUCGCAGGUCGAUUCAUUCUUCUCAUCGAAACCUAAGUCACAGAAGAUCUCUCGACCUUCAUAG